UGCACUUCAAGCCACAGUCGAGAUUUAGCUGCAGCAAUGAGCUCCCAUCUGUGCCAGGCACCACCCAGCAUUUCCUAGUCAGCCUCUGUCAGUAGCAGAUCUGCCUCAUCUAUCGUCUUCUUCGUCGCCUCUUCAGACAUCCAUCGGGCACCCCCCCCCCCGACACCCUCACUCUCUCCCCUCUCGCCACCCCUCAGGCGCUCUGUGGCCGCUCACGGCGCCCCACUGUCAGGAUGGGUAUCCAGGAGCUGCAGAGGUACAUUGAGGUGCACGCGCCGUCGGCCUGCGUGCCGGUCGAUCUGCUGAAGCUGGCGCGCGGUGUGACGCUGGGCCAGCCGCGCACGCCCAGCGCGCGCCGCCGGCCGCCGCCGGCCGUCCAGCUGUGCCUGGUGCUGGACGCCGAGUCGUGCCUGGACCGGCUCUACGGCGGCUUCUUCUCCGACUGGGUGUGUGGCGGCGAGUGGGGCCGCAUGAUGCACUUCCUCACCGUGCUCAUCCAGACCAUCCGCACCAACAACAUGGAGCUGGCCGUCUUCUUUUCGGGCGCGCUCGAGCUGCCGCGCAUGCGCGAGUGGGUCGGCCGCCAACACGCCCAGCGGAGACACAUCAACCAGACGCUCAAGCACCUGGCUGUGAAGGCCACGCCGCCGCCCAAGGUGUGGUGGACGGCUCCGGCGUGUCUGCGCAGCGCGCUGCGGCUGGCGCUGCGCAGUCUGGACGUCCAGGUGCUCUGCUCGACAGACGAGCACCGCCAGGAGGUGAUGGCGUUCUGCCACGAGAACAGCUACCACGGCCUGGUGGCCGAGGACGCCGAGUUCAUCAUGCUCAACCCGCCGCGCCUCUUCUCGGCCCGGCAGCUCAAACUCACAUACAAGGGCACGCUGGAGACGAAGGAGUUCAUCCUGCAGCAGGUGGCGCGCGGCCUGGACCUGCAGCCGAACCGGUUCAGUCUGCUGGCCGCCCUGCUGGGCAACUUCCUGCUUACGGACCAGGACCUGGCAGACUUCCACGAGUCGCUGCUGCAGGCCAGCCAGGCCAGGGCAGAGCCGCCCGGCACCCCGGCCGCGCCGGACGCCGACGCCGCGCUGCAGCUGCAGCUGGUCGGCGCCGUCCUCCAGUUCGUCCGCUCGCUGCCCUCCGUCGACCGGCUCGACGCCGUCGGAGAGCGCGUCUUCGGCGACGCGUCCGACCCGCGCGUGGCCAGGCUUAAGGAGAGUGUGGCCUACUUCGGCGACGGGUCGCGCGACGGCUACUUCCGGCACAAAUCGCUCAGCGGCGCCCUGAACGGCAGCUGCUCGGUGCUGGCCGCGGAGCGCAGCUCGGACGCCGGCGGCGGCUCGCUCUCGGGGCCGCCGUCGGUGCCCUCGGACCCGGGGUCGGUGCUCGACGUGGCGCCGGCCGCGCAGACACGAGCGGGCGGCCGGACCGACGAGCAGGCCGACUGUCUGGCCAGGAGGUUCGGACUGCUGGGAUUGGACAUGGACGCCUACGUACCGGGCACGGCGCCCGGUUCGUACAGCGACGACCGGCCCGCCAACGGACACUCCAGCGCGGGCGCCGAGGGUCCGGCGGUGACGCUGACGCCGCCGCCGCUGCCGCCCGUCACUGCCGAGGUGCUGCGAACGGCCGGCGAGCGGCACCGGCGCGGUCUGAUGACACCCUGGGUGUACCAGGUCCUCACAAAAGGUGAGCUCAAGGUGCCGGUCUGCGUCGAGGACGAACUGAACCGGGAGCUGCCCAACGCGGUGCUCUUUUACCGGCCGGCCCGUGAGCGAAUCUACGGCGUGCUGUUCAACCUGUACCACCACAGCUACCUGAGCCACCGCGACCGCGACAAACCGGAGCACGAGCGGCACGCGGUGCCGCGCGUCCAGAUCCGUGAGUGGGUGUACAGCCGCAGUAACCCGUACAGGCGUCCGGAGCUGGUGCCGGCCCAGCCGCUGGGCUGGGGCGUGCCCACCGUGCAGCGGCUCUGGUUCGGGACGUCUGAGGACGACAAGAAGCGGCGACUGCGGGCGUUCCUCAGCUGCCUCCAGUCGGACACGCCCACCAUCCGCAACACCGUCUACGUGCCCGAGCACCUGCUCGUGCUCGCCUGCGUGCUGCGGUUCAUCUUGAGCCAGACGUCCGGCAGCCAGCAGCCGUCCAUCUACAAACCGGAACUGGACGCGUUCAUCGCGCAGGCGCUCUGUCCCAAACUCGCCGACACGCAGUACCUGCAGGAGCUGCAGCUGCCGGCCGUGACCCCGCGCGGCGUCCAGCUGGGCAACCUGUUCAUGCAGGGCGUCGAGACGGCGCUGUUCGCCAAUGACGCGUGCGGCGCGCCCGUCCCGUGGGCCGUCUGCUGCCCGUGGCUCUUCUUCGACGGAAAACUGUUCCACAGCUACCUGCUGAAGGCCGCGCAGAGUCGGAACGUGACGCAGCUCUGCGACGACCGCGUGGAGAUGGUGGCGCAGCUGGAGAUGACGCGCCAGGCGGUGCUGGAGGGCCUGCCGGUGCAGUACGGCCGGCCGCCGCUGCUCGGCGCGCCCGCCGCCGCCGCCCCCGCCCCCGCCGGCCGCGGUCGGGGGCGCGGCGCGGCGCUCUCGGCCGCUGCCGCCGCCGCCGCCACCGACCCGCCGCUGGACCGGCGCGGCGGCCGUCUCGAGGUGGGCGGCGUGGUGGUGGGCUCGUGGGCGGCCACGCCGUCGGGACGGGGCGGCCGGGGCGGCGUCGGCGGCGGCGGCCUCCUGCCGGCCGGGAUGCACCACCACCGAGAGGUGUACGGCCGCUCCAGCCUGCCCAAGGCGCCCUCGCGGCGGCCGUACGCGCCCAGCGGCAAAAAGCAGCAGGCCCGCUGGAGGGGCGCUGACGGCCUCGACUCGGACAGUGAGGAGAGCCUGCUGCCGGCCGGACGCGCCAUGACCGUCGACCUCCCCGACACCAGGGAAGUCGGUGACGCGUCGUUAGGAGGCUCCGGUAGCGAGGUGCCCGGUCAGUAUCAGGACGCGCCUCUGCUGCACGUUCAGUAGCGGCGCGCGCUGCGGUCAGGCGCCGGCCGGUGUCUGUCCGUGACACCGGGUGGACGGAGACGCUGCUGUCUGUCUGUCUGCCACACCGGGUGGACGGACAGACCGGCCGGUGUCUGUCUGUGACACCGGGUGGACGGACAGACCGGCCGGUGUCUGUCUGUGACACUGCCACACCGAGUGGACGAACAGACCGGCCGGUGUCUGUCUGUGACACUGCCACACCGGGUGGACGGGAUGGGACAGACCGCUGUCUGUCUGUGACACUGCCACACCGGGUGGACUGGAUGGGACAGACCGCUGUCUGUCUGUGAGACACUGCCACACCGGGUGGACGGACAGGCCGGCCGGUGUCUGUCUGUGACACUGCCACACCGGGUGGACGGAGAAGCCGGCCGGUGUCUGUCUGUCUGCCACACCGGGUGGACGGACAGACCGGCCGGUGUCUGUCUGUGACACUGCCGCACCGGGUGGAGGGAGACACGCCAGCCGGUGUCUGUCUGUGACACCGGGUGGACGGAGAAGCCGGCCGGUGUCUGUCUGUCUGCCACACCGGGUGGACGGACAGACCGGCCGGUGUCUGUCUGUGACACUGCCGCACCGGGUGGAAGGAGACACGCCAGCCGGUGUCUGUCUGUGACACCGGGUGGACGAACAAGCCGGCCGGUGUCUGUCUGUGACACUGCCACACCGAGUGGACUGGAUGGGACGGACCGCUGUCUGUCUGGUCUGUCUGUGACACCCUGUGGACAGGACCGGACCGGACAGGCCGUCGUCGGGAGCUCAAGGACCGUCUGCCCGCCCUCCCCCGCUCCGGCAACCUGUGAUGGACUGUCACUCCACCGGGAUAGUCGACCCGCAAACCGACACGGAAUUCCAUAAUAGAGCUCGCAUGCUGCCUGCUGCCCAUGUGCCGGCGCGGUUGUCAGUCGCCAUGAGUGUAUGAUGUUCGUUGUUGUGUAUCUCGGUAUAUGCGUGUUUCCUCAGAACGGGUUCGGUCAGUUGUUCUCUGGUGUCCGCCCUGCCCUGUUCGGCACUGUACUGACAGCGGUGCCCGGUGGCCGGGCUGUGCUGUGUGGAUGCGGGCGGAACUCGGUGGCCCGGCUCCGGCCCGCCGCGUCAGUACCUGUCUCUGCGGCGCUCAGCAGUGCUCUCUGUGACAGCCAGUGAACGGCCGCCAAAUCGCCAAUGUCAGGAUCGCUCGGGGACUGCAAUAGAUAAUGUGACGCACUGGCCGGCUCCGGUGUUUGGUUGUGAGGCCCAGAAGCACCGUUUUGUUGAGUGACGCCGAUGGCGCUGUUCGGUUGUGUACCUGGUGUAAUUGUAGAGAUUGUGUGGCUCCGAUCGCGUCUGUGUUCGAGUCCAGUGGCGGCGGCCGGUGCCGUCGGCCAAUCGGUGAGGGCCGGCCAGAGGUGGCUAGUCCGGCCGCUGCAUUUUUACGUCCCUGUUGAAAUACAAUGUCAAUCGUCA